AUGUCAGAAAAUCACAAAGAUUUCAAGGUUACCAAAUGUGGAGGUUUUAUUGACCAGACACUACCAUGGUUACAUGCUGACUUCCUCUGUACUUGCUCUUGUUGUGGGGAUGGCUGUGGGGAAGUCAAAUGCCCCUACAGUAUUCAAAACUGGGACUUUGAAAGCUAUCUUUUAAAGAAAAGUUCCUGCCUAGAGAAAGUUGACGGUAUAUUUAAACUGAAGAGAAACCAUGACUAUUUCUAUCAGGUGCAGCAGCAACUUUCCAUUACUGGAUCAAAAUACUGUGAUUUUGUUGUGUAUGCUUUUAACAACAAUAAACCAAUCUUUUUCAUGGAAAGAAUCCUACCUGACCCCAAUCACUGGGAGACUGUUGUCCCUAAGCUGACAAAAGUAUGGAGGACAUGUGUGCUACCUGAGCUUUUAGUAAGGUGGUACACAAGGAAACAGCAUGCUCCAAGUCUUACUCUGCAAGCACAUCAAGUGGACCUUGCUAUUGUAGAACCAAGACCCAAGAAAGAACCAUCCACUGCUCUAAUCCAGAGUGUCCUGUAAAGGAAUUUCACUACUCAUGUUUACAAGUGUCAGACCCUAUUCUCAAGAUCUGAUAUUGUCCUAACUGCCGCUUGCAAAAGAAAUUCCAGAAACCCAGAAGGGCAUUGAAAACUGAGAAUACAUCACAACAGAACAGUGAAGUCAUGAAAUUGGACAGCAUAUGUGUUUGUGGUACAAAACCCUCGGUCAAUGAUAAGCUACUGAAGUGCCAUAGUUUGGAUGGUCAAAAUGGAAAAUGUUUUCAUUUAAAUUGUCUGGAUUACAAAAGGAUGCCAAAUAAUAGUCAAACCACAUGGUUAUGUAGCAGUUGUAAAGAGAAAGUUGGUUCAACUAAAGGCAAAAAUGCUAAAUCAAUACCUCAUGUAUCAACAAACAUAGACAGUCAUUUGUUUGGAUCAUGUCUUGUAAAUGAUGCUUCAAAUAGGUUUCAUACUUCAAACAAUCCCAAUGAAAAUAUGUCAAAAG